UGCAUGCUUUUAUCCGGUUGUGUGAAUCGUUUUACCUGUGAAAUACAACAAUUAAACCUGAAAAAGUGUAUAAAAUGGAUUUUGAUGAAAUACAAGUCGCCGAGCAGUCAUCUAAUGGCGAAAACAGCGUAGAGCUCAUUCAAAGUGCAGAGCCCAUAAAGGAACAGCCAAAAAAAGGCGAGAAGUCACUGUUGCAAUCUGUGUUGGAUAAUAAUCUAAAGCAUGAGGACGUGUCAAACCAAUGGCUUCAGCUGUAUGUGAAAAAUCCUAAUGCCGCUCUGGUUGAAAUACUGCAAUUGGUGGUGGAGGCCAGUGGCAGUCAUUAUGAGAUUCCCAAGAGCACCACACGACCCUUUGUUUACAGGGACAUCUUGGAGGCGAGCACCGAACAAUUUCGAUCGGUGAGCAAUUAUUAUCCACUCAUAAUGAAGGACACUGCCCAGGACUUUGAGCAUAGGGUCGGAGAUUUUGUCCAGUGUCUUCUCAAGUUGGUCCAUGUCACGCCCCUUAUUUCCGAUCAGGUUUUCCUCUCCGAGGUGACGGGCUUUGUGAUGGCCUGCUCCGAGUCCAAUAUGCGUCCAAUACGCCACACCAGCACAAUGAUAGGUCUUAAAAUGAUGACUGCCUUGAAUGAUUUUCCCCCUGUGGCCAACAAAGAUGCACCACUGAAGAGACUCUGGCUGCGUAUGUUUGAUUGCCUCUUUGUGGCCCGACACCUGGAUGUGGUGACCGGAAUCAGGCUGCUUUGCAUCACUGAGUUGAAUCUCUGGAUGAUCAAAUAUCCCAAGGGAAAUCUACAGUCCAAAAAUCUUCGCUACUUCUAUGAGGGCCUGAGGGAUAACUUUGGAAUUGUGAGGAAGUUCUGCCUGGAGAGUCUCAUAGAUUUAACUUGUUGCAAACUAGAGCUUCGCGAAAUUUCUCUGGAGUUAGCCAUUGAGUACCGCGACUUGAUCCUGCUCACCUGCGUGGAGCGGGAAAGUGAACUGGGGGAGAGUGCUUUAAACCUAUUGAGCAAUCUCUAUCAGUAUUCGUCAACAAUCCUGAGUAACGUAGAUUGCCGACUGCUGGAUCAACUAAUGUUUGCCGCCAAUCGUGGCUUGGCGCUUGCGGCCGCGGGUCUCUUUAAGCUGCGCUGGCUGAAUCCUCAGAGGGGAGCCUCCUCCUCCCAGAUAAUCCAUCGCCUGCUGGAUUUUUUUGUGCGCUACGUUAAGCAUGAGCAUGCUGCUUAUUUGGUGGAUUCCCUUAUCGAUAUCUGUGAACUGAUUCUGGAUUGGGAGAUCAUGGUCGAUAUGCUAAUGAAGGACCAGGAGGAGUCGGGACUGAGCCCAGGGGAGACCUCGACUCUCAUUGAGAUUCUUUGCCGCGGCGUUAAGCAGGCUAUUACGGGGGAGAUACCGCCGGGCAGGUACACCAAGGACCUGGUUAGGUUGCCAUUGCCAGAAUCUCAGCUGCGAGCCACACAGAUUCUGGCGCCCAUUCUGUCGCAGCUCCUGUCGAAGCAUUUGUCUAGUUCUCAUGAUUUGGAGAAUCUCCUGGAGCUGCCGCAGCACUUCCACCUGAACUACUACCGGCAGGAGGAGAACAUAGAUCAGCUGGAUCUAUUGAUCAGGCAAAUAAAGGCCAUUAUGUAUAAACAGGACCGAAGCUUGGUACUGCGAAUGGGAGCCCUGACCCUGGUGCAUCUCAAGGGCAUACCCCUCGUCAAGUCGCAUCUCCAGGAGCUGCUCAACACGGCGGUGUUUAACUACAAGAUGGCCCUGCGCACAUGGCAGCAGAUGUACGGCACUCCCAGCUUGUCAUCGCCGCGAGCUUCAUCCCGGUCUUCGUCUCCGGGUCAUAACCAUCCCAGGAGCCGGACACGCAGCCUGCUGGGCUCGCUGCGCCUGAUCUCGGCUCUGUAUAGAUACUUUGACCUCAGUAAUUUCCACCUGACGUCGUCGGUUCUCUCCAGUUUGAAGCGGGUGUUCAAGGAUUACGAUCAAAGGCCGAGCAGGGACCGGGACGACCUGCCGGCGGAGGCCACCACCCAGUAUCUGGAGGUGUGUUUUUACAGCCUCAACUGGGAUUUGCGGAGCGUCAAGAGAGAGGAUGAUAACCGAAGCGAUCUGGAGUUGGAGGAGUCUUGUGCUGCCCUGAAAAAGCACCUGGAGGACUAUCUAACUGUGGCCUUGGACCUGGUGGCCAAGGGAAAUCCAAUGCUGGACCACGAUGUCUCCUCCCAGAGCUUUGGCACCAUCUGCGAUCUGUAUGUCGUGUUUGCUGAUCCACUGCUCCAGAAUCCCAGAUCCUUUGUGCGCUCACUACGAUAUGAGCCGGCGGUUAAAGAGUUUGACUUGCUGGAGACGUUUGUCCUGAACUAUCUCUUUGCCGGUAGACAGCCCCAGGACCUGGUUAAGGAGUCCCACUUUGACGAGCUGCAGCAAAAGCGUUACAUCCUCACGGGCUACUGCAAGCUUGUGGCUUUCAAUGUGAUUCCGAGCAUGCGUUCCUGUAAAGUCCUGCAGUAUUACGACAAGUACCAUGCCGCCUUUGGGGACAUCAUGCGCGCUUCCAUGGAGCGGGCCAUGGACAUUAAUCCUGUGAACUACGGUAUGACCAUGCUGCACACCUGCCUGCUGCCAUUCGAGCGAAUUAUGACCGAUGUCAAGCAUGAUGGUGUCAGGGCCAUGAGCACCAUGGAGUUCCGUCAGCUUCUUAACUUAGCUCACCGUCUUGGGGAGAUUUUUUACAUGGAUCUCCUCAAGAAUCGUCAUAGUGUCAAUGCCCUCCACAGAGCUGGUAUCUUGUAUGUUGUGGAGUCGACAUACGAUGAUGCGCAAACAGCUGCUCCAAAGAAUUUACCUUUCCUCGAUGUUCUCAAGGAGUUUGUGCCACAUCUACUGAAUCAGGACAGGGUCAACGUUGCCAAGUUCCUACAGCGCAUCGAGAUGCCGUCGCUGCCGUCGGUCAACAGGGAGGAGUGGCAGCCAUUGGAGGAUUAUCGUGGGGCUUUGGUAACCAAAAAUUAG